CCCUCUUUUAUAACAUCUAGUUUGACACAUUGUUCAAUUAAAGUAGGUAUUUUAAAGCUCAAAUCUUGACAGUUUUAUUUGUCCUUGUCGAAUAGAAUACUAGUAUAUGCUUGCAUGUGAUAUAUAUAAAGCGAAUGGCUUGAACUCGUGUGUAUUGUGAUCAACGACCAUAGUUUUUUGACGUUGAGCUUCAAGAUUUGAAGAAGUCAAUUUUCAUGGAGUUUCGUGCUGGUUGUGUUGUUCGUUAUCUUAUCGUUUCCAGUUUUGUAGCAAGCGGCUAUGGUGUCACCUUCUCUUCCCUUCACAAGACUGUUGUACUCUCAGCUUCUUCCCCAAAAGGCCAUGUUCUAACAGCUGGGGAGGAUGAACUCACAAUCACAUGGGCAUUCAACGAAACAUUCCCAGCGGGCAUAGACUCGAGCUACAAGACCAUCAAAGUGAAGCUAUGCUAUGCACCAGUUAGCCAGAAAAACCGACCAUGGCGCAAAACAGUUGACGAGCUUAACAAGGACAAAACAUGUCAACACAAGAUCGUUGAAAGGCCUUACACCCCUUCAAAUAAUUCAUUCACUUGGAGAAUUGAAAGAGAUGUCCCUUCUGCUUCGUUCUUUGUGAGGGCAUACGCGCUUGAUAGUCAACAAGUCCAGGUAGCCUAUGGUCAAAACACGGAUGCAACCAAAGUUACUGACUUGUUUCAUGUUGAAGCGAUCACGGGUCGCCAUGUGUCGAUUGAUGUUGCAUCGAUUUGUUUUUCUGCAUUUUCGAUUGUUUCGUUGGUUGGGUUUUUCUACAUGGAGAAGAGAAAGGCGAAGGUUGUACAAGAUAAGUGAGGGUCGAAUGGAGGAAACACACAAGAAUUCGUUUUUUUGUCAAGUUUAGUGAAAACGAGUGUUGUGUUUUCACAAAGUUAAAAUCUUUCUAUAUCUAGAAUGAUUUUAUAUUAAACCAAACGUUAUAAUAAGGUUUCCAAACAAAUAGAAACUUAACCAAAAAUCCAAAAGAAAUAAUAAAAAACGUUAAAUAAAUUUAAAUAUAUUAAAAAAAUGUUAAGGUUUAAGUCACUUUUAGUCAUUGAAUUUUUUUUGGUGUUUUAUUUUGAUGAUUAUACUUUUUUUAAAUUAUCAUUGAUCAUUGAACUUA